AUGAAUUACACUCAUGACAAGUGUUAUGGGGACAUUGUCGAUAAAAAUGCUCAGGACUCUGACAAUUUCUACAGGUCUCUCUAUGAGGGGCUUGGAGUUGACAAUGUAUGGCUAUAUGUCCUGUCUGGUGGCAUCGGUUACAAGUAUUAUAAGAGCAAUUUGCAAAAAGAUGCUCCAGGGAUUUGCAAUUACCAUAUACUCGACAAGAAGUA